UCUUUAUUAAUUACACAAUUGGAAACCAUUCUCAGUAAGAGUAUGAUUUUGUAAUAGGAAGUCUGACUGCGUAAUACCAUUCCCUGGCAUCUCUGUAAACCUCAGCCCUUCCCAUUGCCUUUAAAGGAGUGUGUACCCUGAACUAAAUAUGGACAUGCACUUUCACAGGAUUUCAAAGAAUGUCCCAGCCUCACAGUCCACUUUGAUGAUGUGAGGCUCUUGCAGUCCGUCACUGGUACCCCUAACUGCAAGGCAGUCUCCUGUGAGUCCAGCCAGGAUUGAUGCCUCUGGUGGCUUUUUGGUGAGCAGGACACACCAGGACAGCGGGACAUCACCUUUGGCCUAUGGGAAUAUUCAGCUGCUUACUAUAGGAGAGAAAUAAUGCGAUAAUCUAAUUUGGGAAAAAAAAGGGAUAUACUAACAUCAGCAACACCAUAACCAACCCAAUCCACCUCAAGAAAGCCAAUUUAUUUGUUGUUUUUUUUUUUUUUCCUCUGCGGGUGUAGCCUUUACCCCAGAUUUUAGACAACCAUGUCCAGACCCACAAGACGUCAGGUGAGUGAGGACCAUGACCUGGACAGCCUGCUGUCCACCCUCUCCCCCGAGGAGGUGGAGGAGCUGCAGAAGGAUAUGAUAGUCACAGACUUCGACCCAAGGGAUGGGAGGACCGGUGUCCAAAGGGAAGGCCAGCCACCUAUAACCAACAAUGUCCAGGACACAAAGAUGGACACUCGAGAGGAGAUUGACCGUAAAACUAGGCUCAGUCGGAGAGAACAAUCAUUUGAGGGUGAGCCAAAGAGGGAGAGCCGGAAGCAGGAGUACCUGAGAAAGAUGGGCCUGAGUCAGGAGGGAAAUGAUGACAAGAAAGGAGGCAUUCGGAGACAAACUAGUGUCUCAGGUGAAAAGGAUAUUAGGAUGGAGGAGAGAAACAACAAAGGACCUGAAUCCUCUAAAGAGGACCGAAGUGGGCUUAUGAGUAGGUACAGGAAGCAGGACAGCAGAGAAAGUGAUGUGAAAGAGGAUAUCAAAGAAAAAGAGAAAUAUGAGGACAAUAAGCUAAAAGAUAGGAGGGAAUUUAGAGAGAGCACAAGUAGCAAGACAAAAGACAUGAUCUCCAAGUUACAGGAGAAAAAGGAUGAUAGAGAGAAGGAGAGAAAAGAGGAUUGCAGGAAAAGAGAUGACAGUAAAACAAAAGACAUUAUUUCUAAGCUACGAGAGAAAAGUGAAAAGGAGGUAAACAAGGACAAAGAAAGGAAAGAGGAUAUCAGGACACGAGGACUUGUCUCUAAAAUGGUGGAGAAGCAGAGCAAGGCUCAGGAGAGCCAGGCUCAGGAGAGUAAAUUAGAGGAGAAGAAGUCUAAAGGGGAAGAGAAUAAAACAGAAGAUAAAGACAAGCCUGAAGUCAAACAGAAGUUUGAGAGGGGCAAUAGUGAUGUGCAGGUGAAAGAUGAUAAGGCCGGAAAAAGAAAUGAGGAGGUCAAAGAUAAUGACCGUGUGAAAGACAAAGACAUGAAGAUUAGCACUGAGCGGAGAGCUGAAGACAAAAAGGAAAAAGAGGAUAGCAAAGGAAAAGUAAAAAGUGAAGGGUCAAAACCCAACAAAGCUGGGGAAACUGAAAAACUUGGUAACUGUGUUGCCAACAAGAAUUCCAACAGCAAGACCAAAGAGGAAGAGGAGGAGGAUGAAGACGCUAGCAUGUUUGAUGAGCUGAUGGAGCAGGUUCGCAGCAAUGACCCCUCCCUCCUUGAGCUGAAUGUUAACAACUCAGAGGUCAUCAAGACAAAAACGCUCAUCCAGUUUGCAGAGGCCUUGCACAACAACACCCAUGUUAAGACAUUUGCAUUGGCCAACUGCCGGGCUGAUGACCAUGUAGCUUACGCCAUUGCAGGCACCCUGCGCAGCAACAAGACUAUCACCAGCAUCAACCUUGACUCUAACCAUCUCACUGCCAAGGGUAUCAUCUCCCUCAUCCAGGCUCUGCAGCACAACUCCACCCUCACAGAGCUUCGCUUCCACAAUCAGCGACACAUCUGCGGUGGGAAGACGGAGAUGGAGAUGACCAAGAUCCUGAAAGAAAACACCACCCUGCUGAAACUGGGUUACCACUUCGAGCUGGCUGGACCCAGAAUGACCAUGACCAACAUCCUGAGUCGCAACAUGGACAGGCAGCGACAGAAGCGCCUGCAGGAGCAGAAGCAGGCCCAGGCCAAUGGGGAGAAGAAGGGGACAUUGGAGGUACCCAAGGCUGGUGGCGGAGGUUCUCUGAGAGGCUCGCCCAAGGCUUCCCCCAAACCUUCCCCCAUGGCCUCGCCUAUGCCAUCACCAAAGCUGACUCCCAAAAGGGGAGCUGGAGGUCCAGCUCCACCUCCACCACCACCUCCUCCUGGAGGUGGACCUCCACCUCCUCCUCCUCCCAUGCUGGACAUAGACUCCCUGAAGAAUUCCCUGACCCCGGUGUCGCAGAGGAAGCUGGAUGGAAAAGGCCCAGCCGGUAGUAAGAACUCAAGGGACCAACUGCUCGCCUCUAUCAGGGGAAGCAACAUUAAACAGCUCAAAAAGGUGCCGGUGCCAAAAUGGUUGCAGUAAUAUUCCUAUUGGAAUGUAAAGUGAAACAGAAGAGAGAGGGAGAACAGACAUCUCACCACAGGUCUUCAAGGAGAUAAACUCUACAUAUCCCCAUAUGCAGUUAUUAUACUAUGUCAUAGAACUGUGCCGUGGGAUGGAUAGAGACAGAGAGAAAAACGUGAAACACAAGAUGCCUGUCAGUUGGAUGAGUAGCCCUCACUAUGAGUUCUCCCCUCAAACACUGGACCAAAAGGACAUUAUGGAGAAUGAGUGAUGCAGGGGUCUCUGUUAGCCAGCUGCAGCUGUUGCAUUGACUUUGUGGCUGUUUGUCUUCAGUUCAUAUUGACGCUUCGCCUGUUAUUUGCACUAGAUUAUAUGAGGCCGAUCAUAUAAUAUGUUGGCUUGUGUAUGCGGUUGAAUGAGAGUGUGGUGCGAGUGUGCAGUGAGCUUAUUAAGAGAUUCAAAUAACUCUUUAUAAAUUCUUCUAUACAAAAAAAUAUAUAUGUAGAUGUAGAUGUAUCAUCGACAUGGUGGACAUUAAUUUGACCAUUUAUUUAUUUUUGUGGAGAGGGAAUCCACUUUAUCCUUGUCACUUGGAAUUCUGCACAAACUGGGAAUUCUGAAAUGGCAUAAAUAUCAGGGAAUUAACAAAAGUUGGGGGCUGACUUAAGAAAUUCACACUGGGUAAGAUAGGGGAAAAAUGGAGCAGUGAAUCAAAGUGGUUUGUGAUGUGUGUGUGUCCCAUUGCCAAAUCUCAAGACAUCUCAGGCAAGGUUUAACACGUUGGAAAGCAGCCCAGUGGAAAUGCAGUCGUGGUCGAAAGACUGCAGGAUGGAAGUUAUGAUAGAGGAAGUAGGAACGGCUGUCCUUUAAUAUCGGAUUUGAUAUUCUGUAUUAUUCUAGGCUGGGUGUUUGAAUACCUUACAUACUUCCACGUAAUACAUCUACAUGUCUUAACCUUAGGGGUUUCGAAAAUCAUUACUGGCUUAUAUCAACCCUAUACAAACAGCCUUGUUGAUUUAUGCCAUACUUACAAGCAAAUGUCAUGUCUAAACUAUCCUAAUGUGAUAAAAAAAAGAAAAAAAAAAGAAAAGAAAGAAAUCAGAGUGGCACUCGGCUGUUAUGUGUAAUGUGUAAUGACUGGUUCUCUGUCGCAUUCGAUUACACGUGCCUUACUUACAGAGCCUGUAUGUCUCCAAUAAAAGAUUCUGGUAUGUUUGCAAAGGCAAGUCACAAGUGUAAUGUCAGUAACCAGACUGAAAGCACCUAAGAAGUGAAUAUAACAUACAAAUGUAUGUAGGAUGAAAAGAGAAUUGUCUGACAGUAAAGUUUAUAAAUAUUUUGCAAUAUGUAUGACUUUGAUAAAGCAGGGUGUUUUUUUUUUUUUAUUAUUAUUAUUAAUUUCUGUUGAGCGAUCAUUAAUUUCCAUUACUCUAAAUGAAACUGCAUGAGGCUGUUUGGCAAAAUGCACAAGUAUUUUCAUUUUGUACAUUCCACCCCUGAUCUUGUUGUUGCUGGGAAGGCAUGCACACUGUAUGCAAAGCCAUAAAUAGAUAUGUAUUCAUAGCGAACAGCUUUAAGAAAGUUACCCUGCAGCAUAAACAAUACCUCUUCCUAGUUUUCAAGGUGUUGUGCCCCUGCAACACUGCAUGUCAGUCAUGCUAAUUUGA